GCGGCUCCUCCCGCCGGCUGCAGGCGCGGCAAAGCCGGCGUCCCCGGCCCGCUGUCAGGGCUCUGCUGGAGAAGGAGGGCGAGCAGCUGGCGUCCGCGCCGUUCCUCCUUGCGUGUGUGUUCCCCAGAGAGGGCCUCCCUGUCCCCCGGCGCCCGGGCGUGGGCUGGGUGCCUCCGCUGCACCUGGACGCUGUCACCUCCUGUCCAGGUCCCCGGCUCCUAACCUGUGGGAGCGGUGAGCGCCCGGCCCGCCGUUCUUCCGCUGCCGGCACCAUGGGUAGCGAGCAGAGUUCCGAGGCCGAGAGCCGACCCAACGAUCUGAACUCCUCAGUGACUCCUUCUCCGGCUAAGCAUAGAGCCAAGAUGGAUGAUAUUGUGGUUGUAGCUCAGGGCUCUCAGGCCUCGAGGAACGUCAGCAACGACCCCGAUGUCAUCAAGUUGCAAGAGAUUCCAACCUUCCAGCCCCUUUUGAAAGGGCUUUUGAGUGGCCAGACUUCCCCAACAAAUACCAAACUGGAGAAACUGGAUUCUCAGCAGGUGCUGCAGCUCUGCCUCCGCUACCAGGAUCACCUGCAUCAGUGUGCGGAGGCCGUGGCUUUUGAUCAGAAUGCGCUGGUUAAAAGAAUCAAAGAGAUGGAUCUGUCUGUAGAAACCCUCUUUAGUUUCAUGCAGGAGCGCCAGAAAAGAUACGCCAAAUACGCCGAGCAGAUCCAGAAAGUCAACGAGAUGUCCGCCAUCCUCCGCCGCAUACAGAUGGGCAUCGACCAGACCGUGCCGCUGAUGGAGCGGCUCAACAGCCUGCUGCCCGAGGGCGAGCGACUGGAGCCCUUCAGCGUGAAGCCCGGCCGCGAGCUCCAGCUCUAGGGCUCGCCCCGCCUGCCAGAUGCCAGCCGGCCGAGGACGUGGCCAGGGCUCGAGGCUCGUGGAUAUAAAGCAGCUGAGCCGGUGAAGGGCUCACCUGGCCCUGCUCCUGUCUUUGACGCAUAAGCCCUGUGCAAAACAGACCGAUGAGUUCUAGGCGACAACCGGUUACAUUUGGAUUAUUAGGAAUUCUUUAAAGAACUGCAUUGAGAAUUAUUUUCUAUUUUGUUUUGUUUUGUUUUUAACUUGAGAGUGUACAUGGCCUGGUCUAGCUGUUGGGAGUGGAAGCAUGCAGAAAAAGGGAACGUAGUUGAAGAAGCUGUGUCCUCUAGCCCCUCAGGGAACUGGACUCGGCAGACUCUGGGUGUGGGCUGGGAACAUAAAGAGCUGGUUUAAUCGAGGUCUGAGCACUUUUGCUGUGCCUGUGCUGUUGCCUCCUGUCCAGUCUCUCCUGGGACCCCUCUUGCUGCUCCCACGAACACUGGCUCUUUGUAGUGUGUCAGUCACAGUGUCCCUUGUGUGUGUCAUCGUCGGAUGCUGAAGAGUCCCCCCUACACCUACCUCAGACUCAGGUUGACCACUGACAGCUGGUUUCCUUGAGCAGACCAGCUUGAACUUUCUGUCACACCAACGCUGGCAAGAGUCCGAUUUUCUAACACGGUUUAAGCAGCAUUUGUUUUUCUUAGGCUCCACACACAGGGGACAUUAAGGCCUUGAUGGCUGACUGCAGGGUCAUUCAUUCAGCAGACCCUGGGCCCAUUUGGCAUGCCAGCCUUGUGCCAAGGAUGUGAGAAUGUCCAAGUAGCCCUUGCCCUUCCAUUCUGGAGAGAGAAAAAAUCAACAUGCUGCUGAAUUUCUACAGGACUUAGGGAAGGAGCAGUUUAAAUAGCAGCGUGCUCAGGGCAGGGCCUUCCCUGUCACAGACGCUGUGGAGGAAGAAGAGCCUGGAGAAGCAAGGACUGGGUUAGAGGAGCAGAAGUCGGCACAGACUGAGACUGCGACUGGGGGUUAAGGAGCUCGCUGGGGCCAGGGUGUCCUGCAGGCUUCUGCCUUGUUCGCUUGACUCCUCCAAACCUCAGAAAGUUGAGAGAACAAGCCAGUGAGUGCCUGCAUUGCCUUCACGUACAUUGACAGGAAGUGGUGGCGUUGUUGAGCCUUUGCCGUUCUUGACUCUUCUUGGCUUCCUAGAGUGUGCAGAGCUCUGACUCCAGGGCCAAGCCUGCAGGCUCAGAGAAUGAAGGGCUGAUCAUCUAGAGAGCUGGAACAGGCGCUCAUGGCGCAGGUACCGUUGUCCUCACUGCACUUAAUAUGGCUGACAAGUAAAAGCACCAAAUGGGAUUCACUCCAAGCCUCAAGGGCUGGGCUUGCUCAGUUCAGCAGUUGAUGGCUGAACGUGGCGAAGGCAGGCCUGGCCUGAAGAAGCACGCUCAGCCGGCCAGCUUGCCAUAUUAUAAGGAAGUCAGACAGACAAAACAUGGGUCCAAAGUAGAGAGGUGACAGGCUACUUCUUACUGCAUAGAAGCAGAGGAGGAGAGACAGACCUUCAUCUGCUGUUUUACCUCCUAAAUGGCUAGGACUGGGCCAGGUUGAAGCCAGGAGCUUCUUCCGGGUCUCCCAUGUGGGUGGCAAAGGGCCAAGCACUUGGCCAUCUUCCGAUGGCUUUCCCAGGCCAUUAGCAGGGAGCUGGAUAGGGAGUGGAGAAGCCACGACAGAACCGGUGCCCAUAUGGGAUGCCGGUGUCAGGUGGCAGCUUACUCCACUACGCCAUGGCACUGGCCCCUGGCAAGAAUUCUAAUAAAUUUAAUAUUUGUGGUGUACACUGAUUUUGCAGUGUCAACUUGGCUAGGUUAAGUUGCAUUUCCAGAAUUCCUUGUUUGUUUCUGGUGAGGCCAUGAGGUUUGGAAGUGGAGGUAAAGCAUCACUCAGUCGGUGUGGUUCAGGCCGUUCUGUCUCUUGCAUAACGCUGUCCCCACUCCCAUAGAACCCACCCUUCAGCUUUUGCACAUCCUGGGCCAGCAAGUGAGUGCCAGCUUCUGCAGCAUCUGCAGGGUGAGGGUGGCGGUCAGGGACCAGGAGAGGCCAGUGUGGGUCUUUGCUCACUGACUGUCUCAGUUGUCCUCAGUCCCCACCCCACCGUGGUACCCACCUGCCUUCCCGAGCAUCGCUUUGUGGUCUGGUAGAGAAACAGCUGCAUGGAGACUUCUCACAGCUCCUGUAACUGCUUAAGAACCCUUUAGCCGUUCUACACCAUUGCCAGUGGCUCCUCUGACCACUGACUGGGAACAUGGCGCUACCAGGCCUUUCCCACCUCAGUAUUUCCCUCUUCCCUGUUGGAUUCUGGGUAUCUGAGUGAUGUUUUGGGAGACAGUUCUGGGUCUCUUUGUUGGUUAAUGCCCAAUGACCCGUCCGGCAGCCAUGGGAUGUUGCAGGCAUGAGGAAGCAGCCCGGGGUUGUGAAAGAGCUCCUGCUGGGGGUUUGCAGCUGUGGUCCUGGGGAGCCUGUUUCCACCUCCCUGCCACAGGAGUGCUCUGGAUGGGCUCCCAGGCCCCUUCCAGACCCCAGAGGCCAGUGUUGUCACUAUUUGAGAACUCUGGCAACAACCAGGAGCGUUUUUACCUGUUGUCUCCCAGCUGUGGGUCAGGGCUUGGUACUGGGGGAAGCGGCCCUCCUCCCUCCGCUUAACUUAGAUAAGGUGUCUGCUGGCUGCUUUCAGAACCCGUUUGGCUUAUCAAUCUACUUGUUUGUGAACACUGUCACAUAGGGCCCUGUACUGCAUGCUCCUUAUCUUAUCACAUAAAGGUCAGUAGAAGCUGGCCUUCACCCCUUGUAUUAGAUGGUACGUUUAAAUGUAUGGUAAAUGAAUCCUGGGGUUAAGAGCUAAUGGAAGUAUACAUUUCAUGUCCUUGUUUCCUUUAAAGUUUUAUCAUUCUUCAUACAUGAGCAUAUGGGCUGUAUUCAUAUAAUUGCAUGCGGUCUUCACAAAGUUCAUGGAAACUGCAUUAUGACAACUGCAUGGAUUACAAAACGUCUUUGUGCCAAAAUAAAUGUAUCUUAAUUCUAGUCUUUCCAUGAACUUUGAAGUACCAUCUUACAAUCUUCGGCAUCUUAGACAAUGAACUCUUCAGAAUUUGAAGUCUGUCUUGGCCUUAGAUAACCCCCUAUUGUUCUCUGCAGAGGAAAUAUUUGAUGAACUGGGUUUCAAGAACUCCAUAUCCCGAGUUGUAGGUGUGUACUCAAGAAAUUGUGUGUGUGUGUGUGUGUUUUGGUACUCUCUGGAUAUUCCUUUGCUUUUUCCUCAGACUUACAAAAGAGGCUGGUAAUGUUACCCUCACAGUAUGAUCAUCAUAAACAGUUUCCAAGGUUACACAAACCACUGGUUCUGGAGACUGCCAUGUGCCAUGUGUGUGUGGGCUGUAGGACUUGCUUCGCUCUGGCAUACCUGCCAGCAGGUGCAAAGCCAAGCUGGGAAUCCUCACCAAGGAGAGCCAGGCCAGCAGGUAUCCAAAUCUUCAUGAGAGUUUUGUCUUCCUACUAUUAGAAUUCGGCUAAACUCAGAUGAACUCGUACUCCAUAAGAAAUUACUUAAAAUGUUGAUGCUGGAGGUCGAAGGAGCGGUGAGAAAUGAAAACUUCUCGUGGACUGUUGAGGUAUAAAAUUUAGUAAGAGUUUUACUUAUCCCCAGCCUGAUCCUCAUCCUUCUGUGAAGAACCAGAGUUCCCUGGAGGUGUCGUUGUUGUUCACUUACUUAGUAGAAAUAGCACUGACUUCUUGUGGUCUCUGGCCCUCCAGGCACACACCUCUCAUGCAUGUCAUGCCUACGGAGACACAGGGCGGCCAGACAACUGUCAUCGCGUGCUUCAAACCACACACUCAGAACUGAGCACCUGAAAGCAACCCUGUUGGCUGCUUGCUGCUAGUACCCAGCGUCUCAUGUGGUGCUGAUGCCCACUCAGCCCUUGGAAAGGUGUUCAGCGUUGGCAGCGUCUGCCCGAGACCCGAUGGGACUUCCUGAAGACCCAGUUAAUUCUUCAGUGAGUGCUCAGCCCUUGAGCCACGACUUACACCAAAAGCUUGUGUAAACCAAGUGUUUUUUAAAAUUUUUUUUCUUUAAAUUUCUGAGAAGCUGCGAGCCCACCCAUCUGCUGCUUCCAUUUCCAAAUGUCUGAGAGCCAGGAACUCAAUUGAAGUCUCCCAUGUGAGUGGCAGCAGCCCAACUACUUGAGCCAUCCCCUGCUGCCUUCCAGAGUACGCAUUAGCAAAAAGCUAUAAUUGGGGGUGGAGCACAUGGGGGUGUCACAAGCACUGGCCUAAUCAGGUACUUGUUUAUUCUUUGAAAUUGUCCAUCCCUGGUCAGGGAGAGCUCCGACAGUGGAACUAACCCUCCCCCAAGUUACCCUGCUGGCCCAGGACGCAGCUGUGGCAGGAUCACAGUCUGUUUCCUGUGGGAUGGCAGUUCUGACCGGAUUCUGGAGUUGUUGCUGAACCAAAAAGUAUUUUUUUUUUUUUUUACAUACACACAGUUUGGUAUCUCUGCACAUAAACAUGACUAUAAGUAACUUCUAAGACUGCUGUAAUUUUCCAGUUGAUUUUGCAAUACUUGAAAGAUAUGACCAAGUUUAAUUAUGUUGUAUGAGAAUGAAUGGGUCCCCCAGCAUGCUAGCAAUCACUUCCUUCCCUCUUUGUUUAUAGAUGCAGAAGAGUAACAUUCAGAGAAAAGCACCCAAAUUUUGUUGACUAGAUCUAAAUAUUCUUAUGUCAGAAAAACAAAACUAGGCUAAGAGUAUUUAAAACAACUGUCACAAGGCUGUGUUCAUCAACCAGUUGCAGGGUAUCUCCCUGCCCUUCACAUCAUCUCCGGACGCUGAGCGCUCGGUUCCUGUUUGGCUUUAUUUUCUUCACAUCUCAGAAAGCUCCACCUUCCCCACUUUGCCCUGGAUUAAGCCCAGUCCUCCCGCACACAGGCUCGGGAUGGCCUCUGGGAGGCCUGAGCACGCUCUGCCUGUCAGAAGGUGGCUGCGUGGACCGCCAAGCUUUCCCAAGAUUCCUCUCUCACCUGAAGCUCUCGGAAACACCUGCUCCUCUCCAGCCUUUCAUGGCUGUGAGCUCGCUCACUCACAUUCCUUUUGGCCCAUUCCCAUCUCUCUGUUCCUGGAGGGCCCUAACAUAGCUCUUCUAGUGCUAGCUCACCCAGUCCAAUCCUUUCUGCUUUUGAAUUUUCUUAAAUUCAGCUCGCCUCAGAGGCCCUUUACAACCAAGCUGAAUGAGGUCACCCGUGGGUCUCUUAGUCACUCGGCUGCACUGCGGAUGGCUGCUUUAGCCCUUGUGUUAACCGCUGUAUGGAGCUGCUCUCCGCAGGCAUCACAUCCACUGUGGUCAGCAGGGGACUCGCUGAGGUGUCACAGAGAAUGGGGCACAGGGCUUCGGUGAGCAGCCGCCCUGCGUUCUCCUGUAAGAAUUAUAAAGACAUUCACGUCUUACGUUAAUGUGUACCGUGAGUGUGGAGCUGCUCUUAUCCUCCUGCUUUGUCCUUGUAUGUUCUGGAACCCAUCAGUGCAAAAAUAGGUACGAAGUGCAUUUGGUAUUCACGUUAAGGAGUGAAAGCUGGCACAAAACUGGUAGCUAACGACCAGGCUCCGCCGCUGGGUUCUGAAUUGUGUCCUCACGUAUGUCCGAGUAGCAGCAUGGCUUCCACUACCACCUCGCUUGGCCACACGGACGUUACUGUCCCCACCACGUUUACAGCUGCAAAGAGAGGACCUUUCAUUAUGCAGAAACAGGUAC